GAGCGCGCCUCUGCGGGGAACGGCGACGUUCACGCGGCUGAAGCGCUGCUGGGUGGGACUCGCGCGCGGAGCCGGCGGUGCCCGUACUGGCGUUCCUGGAAGUUAACGCGGCGUGCCGCGCGUUUUCGUCCUGAGCCGACACGGCAUCGGUUUCCUCUCGUUCUUCUCUGCAUCUUUCGAGCAAAAACUGAGGGAAUGCAAAUUGCAGCAAGUCUGUCACCCACUGAAUUUCUAGGGUUGGGAGACUGAUCACAGAGCAGUACACAAUGUCAGCUGCGGGAGUUGCUGCUCAGGAGAUGAGAGUCCCAUUAAAAAAUGGAUUUCUUCAUGCUAAUCAAGGUGUGGGGAGUCUGAAAACCUGCUGGGGUAGCCACAGUGGAUUUGAGAAUACUUUCUUUAAUGUGGACCCUAUAGCAGUGGCAUAUAACUUGAAUUCAUCAGCAGAGCAACAUUUACCAUCCAUUGGGCACUCUUCCAACCAUGUUUCCAGAAGCAACCACAGCUUUGCUGAAAGUUGUAUCCAGGUCCCAUCUCAGAAAUCUAGUCCAGCUCCUGUAAGUCCCAAAAAUGAACAGCCAAUUUCAAGAUGUGAAGACUAUCUUGCUCCUGGCUUUAGUAAACUGUCAUUAGCUGUAGGCUAUGUUUCUGAAGAAACACCUCCUCACAUGCCAACAAAAAAUGGGCCAAUUCAGUUUCUGUGUGCAUCUUCCAAUGACCGUAGCUCCAGGCCACUACCCCCUCUGCCUAUUUCGGAGGAUCUUACUCCAGAUGAGGUUGACAGAGAAGUGGAAUUCCUGACUAGUUCAGAUACUGACUUUUUGUUAGAAGAUUAUGAACUUCCUCCUUUUAAAUCCAGUGCUCCGAGCCGGCGGAGCUUUAGGGGUUGUGGACAAAUCAACUAUGCAUAUUUUGAUGCUCCAGCAGGACCAAAAACAGAAGAUACCAACCCCACACAAAGCCUAAAUGGAUACACAUCCAGUAUUUAUCCUCCCCCACAGCAGCUGCAUCGACGUUUGCGAAGGUCUCAUUCAGGCCCAGCUGGCUCUCUUAAUAAACCAGUAGUGAGACUAUCUGGGUACUUAAACAGGUCUUCUCCAAACUCUGAUGAAGAUAAACCAGAGAUUCCACCUAGGGUUCCCAUACCUCCAAGGGCUCUCAAACCAGAUUACAGAAGGUGGUCAGCAGAAGUUGCUUCUAGUGCAUACAGUGAUGAAGAUAGGCCUCCCAAAGUGCCCCCUAGAGAACCUCUGUCACGGAGUAAUUCCCGUACACCGAGUCCUAAAAGCCUGCCGUCAUACCUCAAUGGGGUUAUGCCCCCCACCCAGAGUUUUGCACCUGAUCCUAAAUAUGUCAGCACCAAAGCUCUGCAAAGACAAAAUAGCGAAGGAUCUUCCAACAAGGUCCCUUGCAUUCUUCCAAUUAUUGAAAAUGGUAAGAAGGCCAGUUCAACACACUACUACCUGCUGCCUGAAAGGCCUCCAUAUCUGGACAAGUAUGAGAAGUUCUUCAGAGAAGCAGAAGAAACUAGCUCUAACAUGGAGAUGCAGUCCUGGUCUGGUGACUGUGUAGCUACUUCAUCCGCAACAAAACUGGACUCAAAACCUAGAGUGGACAUAACUGGUCAUCUCAAACGAAAACAUCUGUCUUACGUGGUUUCUCCAUAGUCCCUGGGAGCACAACACAGCUGAGCUGCUGAGGAUGGAGCAAAAUUGUAUCGUGUUACAAAGUUCUUAAGGUUUUCAAAUAAUGAAGUAGUACAAGUUGAUCCUCUGAGAACUAAAUAGUGGAUGGUAAAGUCCUCUUAUACUGCAUAUCUCUGAUAUGUUUCUUAAGACUGUUUUUUGUCUUGGUAUGUAGAGCUGAAAACUUACAAAGAUUCCAUAGAAACGUAUGGAGAGAUAGUAGUCACAGUUGGCCAGUUAUAUGCUACCCUAGAUUAACGUAUUUGGUAGUCACGUUAUAAAAAAAAAAAUCUAGCUUUGCUUAUGAGUUAGUUAUAAAGCUGACAACAGAGCAGAUAAUGCAGUACAUUUUUUGUAUCAGGCAUUUCCAAAACAUUUUUUUUUAACCCAGUAACUGCUGAGAACAGAUUCUAUUCUCUUUCACUAUGAUAUGCCAACCUGCUAAGAAGGUAACUGCAAGAUCAGUUAUCCACUUAAAGACUUGUUAAGAAUAACUAAAAUGUGUUUAGAAUGAUGAGUCCAUUUUACAACCUAAUUGGAAACUAACAGACUUUUACAAUGAAGCAGCUUGGAAUUGAGUUAGGCUUUGCAGAUUCUUUCAGUUACUAGAGGCACUUGGCUCAAUUUUGCAGGUUUUCCUAGGAGAGACAUGGACCAGCUAUUGCUAAGCCUCUGCUGCUGCUCUUUUCCCGCUUGAUCCUAGAAAGAUGUGAAAGUCGUAAAAGUGACAGAGGAUAUGAGCAGCUAUAUGACUGCUAGUAGGUAGGCAGCAACAACUACAUGCUCAUCUAGAGUAUGAAAUUCUGAGUAUACGAAAAACAAACAACACAAGCUGGUCUUGUGUUUUGGUUUCUGUUCAGUAUUUUAGGAGAGGAGGAGUGUGUGAGGAAAAAAAACAUGAUUCCACUUAUGAACAGUGUCAAUCUUAUCUCUGCUUCAGGCACUGCUUCUUGCUGUUUAAUUUUUCCUCAUUCUGCCUCAGUGUUCCAGUAAAGUUAAUUGAAGUGCCACAUUUGUUAGCAGUUUCUCAUGCUCAUUUUGAUUACAUUUAUCCUCUUACAGAUAAGCACAAAAGAAAGGGUGCUCUUUAACAGAGGUACAUGAAAAUGAAUAUGUUCCUCCUAACAGAAACAAACAAGCUGUUUACAAUUUAAACUGCUGAAUGAGAUGUUUGAGCUAUUUUAAAGCUUACUUUUUGUUUUAGUACAGACUAAAUGAAGGUGAAAUACAUGCUAUAGAAAUGCACUGAUAUUUCUGCAUCAUGUACAGUAUUGAAUAAAGAAGAAUUCACUUUGUAUUUUGAAUAUUGUCAUGUCUUGAAUUUAAUAAAGUUAUAAUAUACUUAUUUAUGAUACAUUUUGGUUUUUGCUUCAUUGAAUAUUGUAUGCAGUUAUUCCUUUGAGCUUUGCAUUUACUGGGAAAUUCAAAGAGGAAAAUGUUAAAUAUGCAACAAAUGUUGACCUCAGCUUGCGUUUAGGAUUGACAUGGAAGUGUUCAAUAAUUCAUGUUGCACAAAUUAAUUUUAAUUCCUCUUUACUACCUGACAGCUUGGUGCAUAUAGUCUGCUGGCAAUAAAACAUCUUGUAAGAUUAAGUUGUAUGGCCUAUCAAGAUUAAUAGCCUUUGUUACUUCUGAAGUCACCCAUACCAUGUUAGGUACUGUCUUACAGAAAAGAGGACAGUAGUGUCCCUGACUUCAAUUUUUCAACUGUUAAAAAAGGAACUAUAUUGUGUGCUUGAGGGUGGAGUUACUAAUUCUGAAUAUGAAAAAAAGCUCAAGUAUA